GUGCUGGCCUUUGGCACCUUCCAGAAGAUUCCUCUAUCUGCCUCCGUUCCGCUCAUGGCGUCCGCGCCGAGCACCACGGCGCCCACCCUCGCGCCCUCUCUGCGCACGCCCUUCUCUUCAGCCCCCCGCGGGGCCCGCCUUGCGGCCGCGCCCCGCCUGUCCCGCGCUCAGCCCGGGCAGGCCGGAUGCCGCGCGGCGCCAGGUCGGCUCGCUCGCCCUCGCUCGCGCGUUCGGUGCGGCGCGGCGGCCCGGUUCAUUGGGCAGGGCGAGUUCCCCGCGGAGGUGCUGGAGUCGGAGCUGCCCGUGCUCGUGGACUUCGUCGCCGACUGGUGCGGGCCGUGCCGCCUCAUCGCGCCCGUCGUCGACUGGGCCUCCGAGGAAUAUGACGGGCGAGUAAAAAUCGUCAAGAUCGAUCACGACGCCAAUCCGCAGCUGAUUGAAGAGUACAAGGUCUAUGGUCUCCCGACUUUGAUUUUCUUCAAGAAUGGCCGAGAGGUAGCAGAUAGCCGGCGAGAAGGGGCAAUGACAAAAGAUAAGUUCAAGCAAUACCUGGAACCUCUCUUGACUACGACAGUCACUUAAGACCAUUGCCUGCGGCUUCAGCACCGACCACCGAGGAUGCCAAUGGGAAUGUUGAAGGAAUUUCCUUUUAUGAGUUUAGCUUGUAAUUAACUAUGCUGCGGGGUCAUUUGCGUAUAUUUGGUACAGUAUACAUGAAGAGCUAAUUUUGAUACAAGCAAGUUUGUUUUUCGACAUCUUUGUGACACACAAUGGUAUGUUUGUUUGUUCGCUCGCUUGCUGCUUCCAAAAUUAGAUGAGUGCCUACAGCCUCGCUGCCGUGAAAGAUGGCAGGCAACCAGCACCGCCUGCCAUACCAGAACACCAGUCCCAGAUCGACCAUGUAGUGGUCCUCGCGGGGCUGAACACCAAACUUGUCCUGCGUUGCGAACGUGUAGGCAUGACUCCGUCCAGCAUCAUCUGACUGAGAAUACCAGUCAAUCGCCUCCGCAGUGUAGAAUGAAAACCUAGGAACAUGGUGAGGAACAAAAUAGUUCAACUUGGAAAACGAACGGCUGAAACCUAGGAACAUUGGCUCAGAAUGAAACAAGGAUUGCAUUUGAAUGGAAA